UUUCCCACUACUAGAUGUCACUGUAUGCGAUAUUCAGAAAAUCUAAUCCACAAAUCUUUUUCAGACUUCCCUGCUCAUCUAAAUAAUAAUCAAUACUUUAACACAACAGGUGAUUACAUUUUUUAAAUAGGUUUUCUUAAACUUCAAUCAUUUAGUGUUAAUGAAAAACUACGUUGCUCACGUGGGAUAACGGAACGCAAUUGACAGGACAGCUGAGUCGAUCGAAUUUGACAUAUCAUAUUAUGUCAGUCAACAGUUUGACAAUUCGCAAUUCGACCGCGGAAUUCCGUUUGUGGGUGUGAAUAUUGAAUUAACAUUAGGAAUAAAUCGAAAAUUUAUUACGAAAAACAGGUUUUACAAUAAAAUAGUGAAUUAAAAUAUAUUUUUAGCGGCAAAAGACAGUGACUUCCAUUUACCGAUAGACCAUUCUGUUGGGUAAGUAAUUUUCCUGAUUUUUCGUAUAGAAAUAAAUAUUAACAAAUGCAAUCGGUGGAAGAGGAAAGGAAUACAAUAUUAUGACAUAAUUUACGUCAGAUGAGGAGUAAACUUGCUGCAACUGUAUAAUACUAGUGUUUAAUGUUUUCUAAGAUGUGACAGUACAUAAAAGGCCGACGUUUCUGUACUAAAAUAGAUAUUUUGACGCCUUGACCUAGCUCGUGCCAUUAUUAUUCCUAAUGCAGUAAUGUAGAAUCAGUUAACUGUUUUUUUAAAAAGUGAACAGACUAUACUUAGUUUUGUUUUUUUCAUAGUGUUUUUUUUAACUAAGUUGAGGAUAGAGUGAUUAAAACCUCCUUUAUUCAAAUAUAAAUUUGGAAUGCGGAUUUGGGACCUUGGCAUAUUUAGUGUUGUGGUGUUUUUAGUGUACUAUGAAGGUUAUUUUGUAGCAGGAGUUAUUUAAUUUAAUUUAUUUUAAUAUAUUUUAUAUUAUGUCUAAUUUUUCUGCUGGUUUGUUUAGGUUUGAUGUACAUCACCAAAACACACACAACACUACAAAUCGACUAACAGUAAAUAUGUCCCAACUAAAUGACUCUCAAACGAUAACAGGGUCCAAAAGACCACAAAGACUUUAAAUUAAUGCCAAAAACAAUGAGACUGUUGUAGCGACAAUACUUAUUAUAGUGAAAAUAGUUAAAUUAGAGACAAAAUAAUGUGAUAUAGUGAUAGUUCAAAAGUGUCUGAAUUAUAAUAUUAAUAUUAUAACGAAUUAUUUAUAGUUAGUGAAUAUUUAGUCAAAAAAUUAUAGCAAAAUGAUUAUAAUAGUGCGUUCAGUACGUGCGAUGGCGUCGUUCGCGGCGCAGGCGGCUCUGCGAUCUAGAUGGAGUUCUCUAAUUGAAUCUACCAGCGUCGAUGUACCCGGGGAAGUCACUGAUGGCGUCCGUUCAGUCGUCGGCUGGUUAAAACAGGCGUCUCUGGAAGUUCGUCAAGUGGGCAGGCGUGCUGUCAGCCAGUUGGCUGGUCGAGGAAUGGGAGACGAGGUCGUCAUCAUACACUUUAACGAUGUUUAUAACAUCGAACAAACUACUAACACGGAGCCGGUGGGAGGUGCCUUAAGAUUCAGCACAGCGGUCAAGUCCCUGCAACAUCUAAAUCCGUUGGUGCUUUUCAGUGGAGAUAUCUUCUCGCCGAGCAUGCUGAGCACAUUCACAAAAGGCGAGCAAAUGGUACCGGUACUGAAUGAAAUUGGAACGCAUUGCGCCGUAUUCGGAAACCAUGAUUUUGAUUUCGGCCUAGAAGUCCUGUCAGGCCUGGUGGCUCAGUGCAACUUCCCGUGGUUGAUGUCCAACGUGAUAGACAACGAGACGGGCCGACCACUCGGCGACGGCAAGAUCACACACGCACUCAUGUGUAAUGGACAUAAGAUCGGAUUCAUUGGACUGGUCGAACAGGAAUGGUUGGAGACUCUGGCGACUAUAAACCCAGAAGAGGUGACGUUCAUUGACUUCGUACAGGCGGGGACUAAACUAGCGACACAAUUGAAACAAGAGGGUUGUGAGUACGUGAUAGCACUAACGCACAUGCGCACUCCGAACGAUAUAAAGCUGGCGGAGGGAUGCAACGACAUCGACCUCAUACUGGGAGGACACGACCAUGUGUAUGAGGUCUUACACAUAAAUAACAAAUACGUUGUAAAGAGCGGCACAGACUUCCGUCAGUUCAGUAAGAUCAGCAUCAACUUCGGUGACGAGGGUGUACAGGUUGAUAUCGCGGAGAUGGACGUCACAUGCGCGUACGCAGAGGACCUCGUGUUGAAGGAGAAAACUGAUAAGUAUUCUUCAAUGAUCGAAGGCAAAAUGGACGAGGUGUUAGGCAAGAUCUGCGUUCCACUGGAAGGUCGGUUCUCCUGCAUCAGACGGCAGGAGUGUAACCUAGGGAACUGGAUCUGUGAUAUACUACUCGCUGCUACUGGAGCUGAUCUUGUAGUACUCAAUUCUGGCACUUUUCGGUCUGAUCAGGUCCACGCAGCCGGUGACUUUACUCUCCGAGACCUGUCAACAAUAAUCCCCAUGCGGGACCCACUCGUAGUGGUGGAAGCCACCGGGGAGGUCAUACUGCAAGUCUUAGAGAACUCGGUGUCUAAAUACCCGAGCUUGGAGGGACGGUUUCCUCAGGUUGCAGGAGUAUCCUUCGCCUUCGACCCCUCAAAGCCUGCAGGUCAGAGAGUGGCGGAGCAGGUCGUGAAGAUAGGAGACGAGUACCUGCAGAAGGAGCAGGUCUACCGACUGGCUGUCAAGCAGUACCUUCAUAGUGGGAACGAUGGAUUUACCAUGCUGCCUAAGUGUAAGAUACUGAUCCCUGAAGACAUGUGUCCGGAGAUAGGCAUGGCGAUCCAGAACCACUUCGCGGCCAUCAACGUCCGCACCGGCCGGUCGCGGCCCAGCAAACAUCGACAGUCACUCGUCACGCUCAGUCGGAGACACAGUCUAGUGAAGAUGUUAGACGGCAGUGAGUUGGACGGUCCCCCGCCACUGCGGCGCGCGUCGUCCGCCGCCGCCGAGCCAAUGUCGCACACUGGACAUCACAGGUUAACGCGGCGAGCCUCUCUGGAUGACUUGGAACAACAAUCCUGUGAGCUAGCACCGAGACUGGAAAACAGGAUCAUAGUGCUCAAUAAACCAGAGGAACUACAAGCCUUAAUCGCAGAGCGUACUCGCUGGGAAUCCGACACCGUCAUCCGUGAAGUGGAUGAUGAAGGUUCACCCUAAGAUCUACCUUCCCUGUACGGCUGCUUCAUUUGGUACCGGCACUUUCAGAAGUAGCACUCUAAGUACCACUUGACACUACGCCACUUGGUACCACAGUUACAGGAUCAGUUCCAAGGUACCAAAGACCUUUUAGUGAUAUUUCGGUUGUACAACGGUACCAAUUUUUGUGUGUUAAUUAAUUUAUUUUUGUAUUUUGUGUGGUACUAAAAAGUACCACACAAAUUGAUUAAUUUUUGGAUUUUUGUGUCUGUCUACUAAGAGUAGUGAAGGAAUGAUUAUUUUGUUGCGGAAAUUGUUACAUAUUAUGUUUUUAUUAUUGACUUUUGAAUUGUUAUUUUUGAAAAGACAAUUUUGUCACUGCAAUGUUUAAAAUUGAUUUGAGAAAUGGUGAAAUUUCGUAUUGAACGCCCAUUAACUUUCGCAACAAAAUAAAAUUUGUUUUGCGUUGUAAGCGAACGAAGUAGAGUUUUAAAAUGUAAAGCAUGCAAGCUCAAAGUAAACAUUUCAGUGACAUUAUUGAUAUAUGGUGAGUUUGUUUUAAGAUUCUGGAUAUUACAUCGAUUAAGGAGGCGACAGGGAAGAUAUUACUUGAUUGAUUACAGCGUUAAUGUAGAAAAUGUUUGAGUGUAGUAAUGUAGUUGUAGAUGGUGAAUUUGCGUUUUGGUUGAAGUGAAUAAAGUUUUUUUUAUGCGAUAAGUCGGUAAACGAAUAGACGGAUCACCUGAUAGGCAAUCGGCGUCGCCCAUGG